AUGACCGCCCAGUCCCGGCUGGCCUCGUCCGACGACGGGCCCGCCGCCGCCACCCUCACCGUUGGCGUCCUCGCCCUUCAGGGAGGCUUCGCCGAGCACCUUAACCUCUUGCGUACCGCCGCCGACCUCGUCAAGACCUCGACGCCAUUGUCCUUUGAGGCCCUCGAGGUCCGAACCCCGGCCGAGCUGGCCCGUUGCGACGGCCUCAUCAUCCCCGGUGGCGAAAGCACCACCAUUUCCUUUGUAGCCGCCCAGUCGGGCCUCCUUGAGCCGCUGAGGGACUUUGUCAAGACCCAGAAGAAGCCCACCUGGGGCACCUGUGCCGGCCUCAUCCUCCUCUCCGAGCAGGCCAACGCCACCAAAAAAGGCGGCCAGGAACUCAUUGGCGGCCUCGGCGUCCGCGUCCACCGCAACCACUUUGGCCGCCAGAUCGAGAGCUUCGAGGCCCGCCUCGACCUGCCCUUUCUGGCCGCCGCCGACGCUUUUGCCCCCCCGCCCCCGUUCCCGGGCGUCUUCAUCCGCGCCCCGGUCGUCGAGGAGGUGCUACCCGGCGCCCCCGUCACCGUCCUGGCCACCCUGCCCGGCCGCGUCGAUAAGAUGAAGGCCGGCGUCUCCCGGGCGAGCACCAAGGAUGCCUCGGGGGACGUCAUUGCCGUGCGCCAGGGUAAUGUCCUCGGAACAAGCUUUCACCCUGAGCUGACGCCGGAUGCGCGCAUCCACGUCUGGUGGUUGCGCGAGAUUCUGCGGCUGCGGUAG